ACUAUUUUGACAUGUAAACAAACAGAAAGAAAACAUCACUUUUAAAAUCUAUACAAACUCGUGAAGACGACAAAACCUUGGUUGGGCUUUUGUUGUUUUGUGCAUUGACGCACCAUGACAUCCCUGAACGGCUUUGUAAAGCGAACUGGAAAGACACUGUUGGACCCUUCGACAAAUGCACCUUUGCGCUUCCUCUCGUUCAAUACUCCAACGCUACACCUCCAUGACGAUCCUCAAUUCGUUGUUCCAACCGAAUACGAGCAAGAUGAUUUGCUUGCGUCCAUUGUCGAGAUGGGUGGCCGGGUGGUCAGGCUCUAUUCGCUUGGUGUCCAAACACCACAAGAAGAUUCGACAGCUGCAAAGCAUAUAAUCAAAAGCGGAAGUGGGGUUGCGCUCAAUGAACGGGUGCUUCGGGGAUUGGACUCUGCGUUGAGUGUCGCCAAUAGGCGAGGUGUGCGUGUCAUUAUCCCGCUUAUCGAUAGGUGGGAAUGGUGGGGAGGGGUGGAGAGUUUCGUGCGAUUAGUGAAUCCUACAUUACCACCUUCAGCUUUCUAUACCGAUAAUGGGAUCCGGAACCAGUUUAAAUCGAUCGUUCAGCAACUUGUCAAUCGUGUCAACACCGUUACCAACAUCACCUACAAGGACGAUCCGACAAUUCUCGCCUGGGAAACUGGAAACGAACUAGAAGUGGAGGGAAAGAGGAUUCCGGCGGACUGGACUGUUGAUAUUGCUUCUCAUAUCAAAAAUCUGGAUCAGAACCAUUUGGUUAUGGAUGGGUCGUGGAAACAUGGAUGGGACGAACAGGUGUUGAGGAGCCCGAAUGUCGAUAUCUUUUCGAAUCAUUAUUAUAGAGACGUAAGACUUUCGACAGGGGAGUGGAUUGGAAUCGGUGCUUUGGCGGCCGUAAUAGGAGUUGCCGUUAUAAUAGGUGCUAUGGCAGCCUGUAUGCCUAGGAGAGUUGGUUGGAUCAAGGUUCAGGAAGAGUCCAAACAGUUUACCAAGUCCCGAUACCGAAACAGGCGCGUUAUAACUGUCAUUCUCGCUCUCCUUAUCAUCCUGGGCUCGGCGGGCGGUCUGACAGCCCUAAUCUUGAACCGCAUAUCCAACCCUCAGUAUGGUGCCUGGAGCGCUUCAGAUGCCGAAACUGUAUCCUCAUAUGACAAAGUCUUCAUCACUGGCGAAUAUGGACUGGCAUCAGCGUCAUCUCUUCGGGGAGUUAUGGACAAUGUGAUUCAAAAUAAGCCCGGCUUUGCUGGUGCCUUGUUGUGGAGUUUGAGAGGACAUUCCAAAGACGGUGGAUUCUACAUACAUAAAGAAAUGCACGGGUACUGGUCGUAUCACUACCCCGGCUUCCCUACCGCUCCCGGAUUCGGCGAGGACGAGAGUACCGUUGUGCCGAUGGUUGCGUCUUACGCUGCAGAAUUGGCGAAGCAAACCAGCUUCACCAUCCCACCCAAAGCUAUACCCUCCCCGCCAACACUUUUGAAUACUACUACUCCCGAGUUGAAAUGGAGAGGGGUUAGCGGGUCGUCAAGCUAUGACGUCGAAAGAUCCGUGGGCAGUGAGCUGUGGGAUGUUGUGGCGACCGUUGUAGAUGCCAAGAAGCCUGGUGAGACAUUAUUUGUAGAUCAGAAUGUACAGGUGGGGAGAACGUAUAUGUACAGAGUUCGAGCGAGAAACUCGGUUGGCGUUAGCAAUCCGAGUAAUGUUGUUAAUAUUGGUCUGUAAAAUGUUCUGUAGAUAGAGCUGUAAUAUUUGAACAUUUGCUUAGGGAUGACCUGCAUCCUACAUAAUAGUAUAUUCUAUGUAAUACAAAGAGUCUGAC